UGGCAACCGGUGAGUGUCACCGGUUGCUCGGUGAUGAUCGGCGGUGAUCGGUGAAGCUCCGGUGCUGCUCCGUUUCUCUCCGCUGGAAUACCUUCUACGGCACUUUCCGACUCCGCUGUGACCCGACGCCGCUCCCGGACGUCUCCAAGCCGCGGGCGGCCGAGCCCACGCCUCAGCGCUCCACACCUGCGGGGAUUUUAGAGAGACUGCGAGCUGAGAACCAUGAGUCACCUCAGCCCAGGGCUUAUGUCGGCCUACAACAGCCUCACAGACAAACACCUCGCAGGUUACUUCAGCAACACUCGAAUCAGGAGACACCUGCAGAGAGCGGGACUGAUCACCAGGAGUGGGCGAAUUGUUCCAGACAAGGAGUACAGACACAAGCUGAUGCAGCGGGCCCACCAGAGACAUGUCAGAGAGUGCUUGGCCCAGGCCAUUUUCCACAAGGUGCUGGAGAUGGAGCGUCUCCACCAAAUCGAGAUCAAAAGGAAACUGGAGGAGUUUGCAAGGAGGGAGCGAGUGCAUAGGAUGAAGGUGGAGCGCUGUAAAAGGUAUGAAGAAGACACUUUCCACAUCCUGUCUCCACAUCCCCCCACGGGAUCCAGGACCGUCUGGAAACAGCCCUCUGGUCCGGAGGGGGAGCACUCUGAGACCUCUGAAUCUCCGAGCUCGUCUCGACCCAACACGGCUCCGGGGAAGAUGCAGAGGCCGGUGCGCCUGAAGCCCAUCCACAGUAACAGCACCACAGCUUCGCUCAGACGCAGCUCGCCUUCCAGACUCCCCAGGUCCUCUCAGGAGAACAACCAGCCGCUCAACGGCACCAUGGACAUCAAGUUCCCCAGACAUACGACUACCAAGGAGGUCUCCCAUGUUAUGUCCCCCUACUGCCUGCCAGUCAUCAACAACUUUGUGACACCUGUGCCCCCGGUGGCGAAGAAGAGCGAGCGGGCGGCGAAGGUCCCGGCCAGCAGCACCAUCAGAGGACGCAGGCUACGCUCCACCACUGCCUCCAGUGGACCUCACGACCCCCCUUGGCUGAGGAGCUCAGUUUACCAGAGCCGCGUGCGCGUGACCAUGGUGUACUUUGGCAAAACGGUCCACCUCUCCAACGACCUGAUCGACACGAGGGACGAAGUCAGAGUGUUUCAGCAGCACUGUGGAGGAGAAAACCUGUGUGUGUACAAGGGGAGGCUCCGUGAGGGAGAUGGUUUUCAGUUCAUCUCAAGGCGCCACAGAGGUUUCCCCUUCAGCCUGACCUUCUACCUGAACGGGCUGCAGGUGGAGCGGCUGAGCUCCUGCUGCGAGUUCAAACACAGGAAAGGCUCCCGACUCGGAGGGAGGCACGGACACUUUGGCUUUUCCAGCGUGGAGGGAGCGUCUCCUUGUUACAAGUGCAUCAUAGCAAUGGGCCUGGACAAGAAGCCCACUCCUCCUCCAAAGAGGGUGAACAAAGAUCAGUCCCGAGAGCAGUCAGCCACCAGCCCUAAAGACGGACCUGAGAUGGAGCCAGACAGGAGCGGGGACGGCGCUGCCUCACGCCUGGAGCGUGAAAGCCGUCAAACACCACAGACGGAGACGGCGGUCGGAGAGCAGCCGGCGCCCGUGGAGAUCAAAGUCAGAGACGAUUACGAAGAAGACUUUGAAGCAGACGACGAAGGUCCAAUAGAAGAAGCGACAUUACAAGACGAGAAAUCCCCGUCUCUGUCCAGUGGAACUGAAAAGCAGGAGCAGGAGAAAGACGCCUCAGAGGCUGAAGAUGAGGAGGACGACGAAGACAAAAGGUCCUGUUCAGGCUCCAGCAUGUCAGGCAGCGAAGAGGAGGAGAGUGACGCUGAAGCCACGCAACGCUCGGAAGAUGGCGAGAAAGAGGACAAGGCUAAAGAGGACGACCAACCAGGAGCUGCAUCUCCCGCGAGUGAAAAGGACACAUGGAAAUCUGAGGAAACCGCUGCCACCAGGGCCGAGUCCGCUUCAGUGGAUAACUUAGAGAUGCCGGACAGCGCCGGGGACAGCACAGGGAUGGAAAUCUCUGACGCCAAUGAGAACAAACUGAACGACGACCAAUCAGAAGACAGAGACACGGAGGAUCCUGGACAGGAGAUCAAAAAUGAGGAUGGACAGGAGAGGGCCAAGUCUGUGCAGGAGAAGCUGGUGGAGGCCAUCCUGCAGGUAUCCCAGCGUAGCUCUGAGCCCGAACUGAGCGACACCAGUACUGAGGAAGAGGAGGGCCCUGCAGAUAAAGGCCAUGAAAAAGAAAACAAAGAAAAACUGCAGACCCUCGUAGAAGAGACAAAUUGUGAAGAAAGUGUUACCAAUGAAGUCGCAGAGGAACAAAAGGAGUUUACCGGAACAGAGGAAGAGAAGGACAAGAAGCAGGACCACGGUGACGAUACUAAAGAAGAAAAAGUCAGUGAGGUUGGGGAAGAUGGAAAGGCAGCAGAGGACGAAGCCAUACCAGAGGGAACUAAAUCAGAGGAUCCAGGUGAAACACAGCUCCUUGUGGAUGGAGAAAAUGUUGCACAGAAUGACAAGACAGAGGAGCCCUUUGAAGGAAGUGAAUAUGCUGAUAUUGAGGCUUCCCAUAAUGAUGAAGAAAAGGUUGAAAACAAUGCAGCGGAGCCUGAUAGCCAGCACAAUGGGAUGGGGCAAAGGGCAGAGAACAGAGAAGAGGAUGAGUCGGUAUCAGAGCCGAGUGAGAAGACAGAUGAGGCAGCAGUGGCAGAUAUCGCUGAGGCGGAGACAACAGCUACAAGCGAGACGAUGGCAAUCAAAGCAGAGUCCUCGGAGGAUCGAGAGGCCCUCAGCUGUGAAGACGCACCUGAAACCGGCACAGAGAAGAUGCAGACAGACAGCGAGGAAGCCGAAGUCGCAGCGGAGAAUUCAAGCAGACAGCCGGAGGAGUGUGGGGACUCCACAGCCGAGAAGACAGCAGACAUGCAUCUGGAAACGGCAAAGACCCAGAGCAGCGAUGACGAGAUUCAAGCGGAACCGAAACAGCAAGCGACAGGAGCGGAGGAAGGAGAGGACGGCAGUCUACAGGAGAACUGUGGGGCGAGAGAAGAGUUUGUGGUAGUGAGUGAAACAGAAGAGAUGAAAAGGUUCACAAGUUCAGAGGAGAUAGCAGGAGAUGAAAAUAAAACAGAGGAUAUUAAUGGUGAAAGCAAGGUUGAUGAAAUCAUUGAACAUAACAAAAACCCACCAGAGGGGACCAAAAGGGAAGAUAUUCCUGACGAGGAGAAUAAAGAUGGAAUUAAAGACUCAGAGAAAGAGACUAAAGGAGAAGGAGCUGAGGGAGAACUUGAGGCAAAGGGAGAUGAUAAAAGUCAGACUGGUGAAGAAGGAACUGAGACAAACAAACUUUUACAAGAAAAAGACGAUGACGCAGGAAUGUCAGAGAAUGUUACAAAACAAAACCUCGAAGAGACUAAAACCUGUGAAGAACGCGAUAAUGUAACUGAGAACAGUGCAGCAGAGGGGGGAGCAACAUCUGAGGCGACCGAAGAACUUGACAAAAGUCAAGACCCGGAUACGGAAAAGGCAAAAACAAGCCCUGAAAAGAUUGCUGACUCAGAGCAUGUCAGUGAGAGCAAAGCAGCAGAUGGUCCUGACACGCGUGAGCCGACUCCAGAUGCCGCAGAAGCUGAGACUGGAGAACGAGAAGCAGAGAGGGAAAGUGAAAGAGGAGAAAUCGACGCUGAAAACGGGGAGAGUUCUGUUGCAGCUGAGCGCCAACCCCAGGAGGAAGAGGAAAAUACUCCGACAGCUGACGAAGAAAGACAGACAGAUGAGCUAGACGAAGAAAGUCAGAGCGCGGAGGUAAAAGAAGUAGCUGUGGAGUCUGGAGACAACGCUGUAAAAGAAGAAGACGGCUUGACUGAUCAGGCCCCGGAGACCGGUGUCACGGAGAGCGACGCUAAGGAAGCGGAUAGUAGCCUGGUGAAGCCUGGUGAGAAUGCUAACAGGGACUCAGAGUCAAAGACGUCAGGAGCAAAAACACAAGACGAGAGAAAUGGCAACCAGGUAGUGGAGGAAAAUGAAAAUGGCAACAAAGAGUUCAAUUUGAUCCAAAACAGCGGGAAUGAUAUCGGUAAGGUGUCUCCUCUCGGUGAAAUCUCUUCACUUCCAGCAGCUGCUGACGUGGAGGAAACAGCUAAAGAUGAAGACGAAGGGAAGCUCGAGUCCAUUACUGACAAACCACUGGAAGCUGGAGAGCAUGGAGCGGACACAGAGGAGGCGAGCAAGACGUCGGAGGAAGGAGCGAGUGUGCUGCUCAAUCCUCAGGCUCAAACCACGGAGGCAGAAGACGACGCUGCGGGUAAAGAAACCCCGGAGGCUUUAGCAAGAGAUGACAGUACGGACAUGGUCACAAACUGGAUACAAACGCACCAAAUGUCAAAGUUCUUCGAGACGUUUGUCGAGCCUUUGGAAGAUCUGAGGAAAGAGGUUCCAGAUGCGAGAGUAUCAAGCCCAAAUGGUGAAGAACAAGAAUCCGCAGCGCUCCAGAGACCGGAAAGCCCAGCGAUUAUGGGGAGGAUGUCCGGGGAUGAGGAGGAGUCUCAGGUAGAGACUGGGCAAAGUCGUGGUGAAGACGAUCAGCGUGAGAAGGACCCACCUGAAGGUGGACGACAAGGCGAUGAGGGCGCUGUAGAAAAGAUCGUGGAAACAAACAACCUGACUGGCCAGCCUGAUGGUAGCGAAUCACAUGGAGAAGACAGAGGAAGUCAAGAGGGAAACACUGACUUUACAACUAAAGUAGAAGGUUUCUCAGGUGCUCUCAUAGCCGAGGGGGAUUUUGAGAACCAAAGUAGUGGAAACACCAACAGUGCUCCAGACCUGAUUGUAAAACAAAUGGCGACGGAGCUUUCAACCAAAACAGAGCAAUUAAACUCCCAGAAUGGACGGAGAGACGCGGACGACACGUGGGACAAAAUAAGCAGAGACGGAUGUCAAAUAACGCAAAUAACCAGUUUCACAACGUCUAACUCAGCUCAUGGAAGCCAAGAAGAGCUCCGAGAUAAAAUGCCACAGAGGCGCUUCAGCGGCGAGACAAGAGACAUGCAACUCAUUGAAGACAUCAAGCACACUCUGAGCAAAGACAGUCUGAGCACUUUCCCGUUGUUUGGUCCCUCUUCUUACCCUUUACUGACUACUUCAAGGUCUGAAGGUGGGCAGUAAGGUAAAGUAAUCCGUUGAUUCCUAAUGUGAGAGAACCUCGCUUGAAAACCUUGAUCCAUGAAUGAGUUAAAUCAAUCAUCAGCAAACACUAUCAAGUUUAGCUUUGACAGAAUCCCUCAAGUGUCUCUUACUUUCUGCGUGUACAUUAGAAUACCUUCUUAGACGACCGUCACCCGCGACUAACCAGAAAGAACAAGCUGUGCCUCGUGUUUUGACUGGUGAAUGCGAUGUUUACAAUGGAACCAGCUCUUCCCAUUGUAAGUCGCGAUGCGGCCGUAUCAAGUACGGCUGCUAUCAUCUAUUACCUGUAAACGGAUCCACCUCGACUCCCGCUCGCGGAUGAUUGAAUAAUUCAUAGCUGUCAGACUCCCGCGUCUUUAGCCGACCUCUGGUGCACUUUACGUUCCCAACCAUGUGGGUAUGAGCGGGCCGGCUUUCACCAGAGGUCUGUAAUUUAAACUGGUAAUGGCCAUUUUAGUCAACACUCUGGCAUGAUUACCUAGUGACAUUAGCAGCAACAGGAGACCGAUGUUGAUGAUUAGCCUGGCGGUAAUAAAGUGGAUUGUCAAAAAUUCCCUAGCUGCUAACAGCUUUAAGUAUUUUUUUAAAUAAAGUCUAUAUUGUUGUCUGUUUGGUUUAGGUUUAACUGUGUGCGGCUUCAGCAUUUUCUGUGACUUUUGUCCCUGUUGUACAGCUUGUGUGAAUAGGCGAGCAUAAAAAAAUAA